AUGAGUCACGGGGUCAACUUCGAACCAGAACUUCAACUGCACAAAUUCAUUUCGGCGGACGAUCACGAGGAACUGCUGAAAAAGGCGCUUUUAUCCGGAGAAUAUGACAUAAACGAUACUGACAGUCAUGGAUUUUCGAGUCUACAUUGGGCAGGGCUCGUUUUGAUAUGUUCUAGUGCGAGAUGCUGUGACGUUACUGUUAAAGAAAAUUCGCGAAAAACAAGCGAUCAUAUGACUUUCUUAUUCUUUUUCAGGAAAGAAAACGUCGUUGAACUUUUAACACAACUAAAUGCCGAUCCUACGAUAAGAGAUAGUGUCCAUGGACUCACACCGCUGGACUAUGCUAUUGGCCAGUAUGCGAAUCCGCAGAUAGCGCGAAUAAUAGUUGGCUCCUACGCAACUGAUAAGAUUUUUGAAAUAUUACGAAGCACAGAUGAAAAAUUGAAUACUCCACUUCAUAUUGCCGCCAAAUUUGGUGUUUAUCCUUGUUUAUUGCUUCUUAUUCAAAGAGGCGCACUAGCAAGCGUACAAAAUAAAGACGGAAAGCUGCCAAUAGAUUUAUGCCCAGAAGGAGUCGAUCACAGAAUUCUAGCGCAACUUGAACGAGCUGCAAUGAAAGAGGAUCUUUCACGCUGCUGGCAAUGCGCAAAACUCAGCCACCACGGAACAAAGCGCUGCUCACGAUGCCAUUAUGCUCGUUACUGUGAUCGCAACUGCCAGGUUUUACAUUGGAAAACGCAUCAGAAAAACUGCGAGCCUGUUGUGCUGGCGAAGUCUGAUGGACAUAUUGUUUCGCAGAUGUUUGAAAAUAGUGAAAAAAGAAUAGAAGAUCACUUGGAUGAGGUUAUUUAUUGUGAAGCUCUUAUGAAAAAUGGAAACAUAAAAGACAUUUCUGUUGGAACAAUAGGAGACAUCAACCAGUCGUCGAAAGAGCUCUACAGAGAGUUGUCCGAUGGCAAGCAUGGUCUUACAAAAGCCGAGUUCACUGUCGAGGUUCAAAUUCCGCACAAUAUGGAACGCGGGCCGCUUUUAGUUACAGAUGUCAAACGGAGAAUAAUUGCCUUUGUCUCGCCCAAGGAACGCGGCUACGAUUUACUGUGUAAUAAAAUCGAGAAGCACUGUGCGCGCGGCAAGCAGUUUGCCUUUUUCACGAGCGAAUUUGAUUCUGCCUUUCCUGGGACACUCAAAGUCUUUGCCUCCACUUGUGCAUCUAGCUACCGCUAG